AUGGCUUUACUUAGUCGUCUACCUGUUACUAUGGAGGUGAUUAUUGAUAAAAGUCCUAAAGGAUUUGGAUUUAGUAUUGCUGGAGGACAUGAUAAAACAAUCGGUUCAAAUGAUGAAGAUACUGAUAUCUAUGUGACUAAAGUGAAUCCAGGGGGUCCUGCUGGCUAUGAGUCGGGUUUACAGCUUGGUGAUAGAAUUCUCUCCGUCAAUGGGAUCAGUUUGAUUGGUGCUACGCAUAGUGAAGCAGUUAAAGCUCUACAAUUGGCCGGUAAUCGAUUAAAAUUGAUUGUUGAACGUAAAGCAGAAUUGGCUAUAUCUGAACAAGACUCCCUGAUGUCUUAUUCAUCAUCGUAUUCCCAUUCAAAACCUCCAAUGAAUCCUCCUUCUUCGUCUUCUUCUUUAAAACACAUUACAAAAGUAAAAGCUCCGUCUUCCUUUCAUCAUUCCUCUCCAUCGAAUGAGUUAUUCCCCGUUGGACAGAAUAUUGAAUCAAUAGUGAGUACAGGUACUGGUACUGGGGGAAGUGGUGGAAAAAGUGUUGUUGGAAGCGGUAUCAGUCUGGCGACAACAACAACAUCAACUAGUCUGAUAAGCGGUUCAUUAUUUGAUCAUAGAGACAGUAAACAAACAGUGAACUCUACUACAACAACACCAACAUCAACAAAGCAUAGAUCACCGCAUAAAGCAACAAUCACUACUCAGCAUGUCGUAUCACCAUCAAUACCUGGAGUGAUUACUCAUGAGAAAUUUCAUAAGUCAAGUGAUACUGUACAAUCUUUAAAUGAUUAUAAUACUGAUGUGAUGAUACAGAAAAAUCAGAAAGAUGGUCAGUUUAGCAGUUCAAGGUUAUCAAGACGUGGAGUAGCAUGUUCUGGAUUUCCUGCUUUCUCUUGGUGUGGUGGUCUUCAACGCGUAACUGGUGGUUGUGCAUCAUUAGGACGUGGCCAUCACAGUCUACAAGGAAGCAGUAAAAAUUCAAGUCGACAAAAGCUACCUGGAAGUGGAGAACAACAAACCGCUUUCCGAUCUCAUGAACUGGCAACUAUUGGUGCUAGACCCACACCACCACCAAAACCUGGUCCAUUUGUUGUCGAAGUAAUUCUCACUAGAGGUACACGAAGUGGAUUAGGAUUUAGUAUUACUGGAGGUGUAGGAAAUGAAGCAUCCAAUGGUGAUUCGGGUAUAUUUGUAACAAAGAUUACUUCUGGUGGUGUUGCAGAAACAGACGGUCGAAUUCGUAUUGGGGAUAGAAUUGUUCAAGUGAAUGAUAUACCACUUGUUGAUGUAACACAUGAACAAGCUGUUCGAGUGUUAAAACAAGCAGGUGAUCAAGUGAAACUUGUUAUUGUCAAACAAGCUAGUCAUUCCUCACGUCAUGUAUCAUCUACAGGUGAAAAUAAAAUCCCAUCAAAUGAUUCGAGUAAUCAAGGUGUUCUUCCUCCUAAUGCUGAUUUUGACGACAGUGGUGACUUUCAUCGUAGUCAUAUUGCUGAUGAAUAUUGUGUCAAGUCAUCGACACCUGUGUCUUUAUCAUCAUUUCAUCGAUCGCCUUCUUCUCUUUCACCUACGCCUUCCUCACAUUCAGCAUCUCCAGCCUUAGAAACAUCUGUACAUACUGCCCCGAGUAGAAAAUCAUCUUCUGGUCAAAUUGUUCGCAGUGGUGAUUCAAGAGAACAACAACAACAACAAGAAGGGGAAGAGAAUUUACAACAAGCGGCAACCACUUCAAAAUCCUUACAGUCAAAACAUCGUCACAGCCUCAACUAUAAUUAUCAAAGUCAACUUCAUUGUAAUGAUCUUUCAAAGAUUGCAAAAAAGAAUUCUUAUACCUCAUCGAUGGCAAAUAAUGAAAAUUAUCGAUCUUCUCCAGACUUAUCAAAUGAUAAAUUUCAUAAACCGGCUUUCUAUGGGUCAACCGGAACAAAUAUUCCAUGUUUUGCAUCAACUGGUCAAGAAUUGCUUGAGCAUAGAAUGGUUGGAAUAAUUGACUAUGCGGCGGCUGCUUCAGUAUCCAACCUCCUCAGUGAAUGGCCAGAUGCUCGAUUAGUCACUCUCUACCGUAGUGGUCGUAAAAGGGUUUCUUCUGUCCACAGAGAUAAAGUCGACCCUAAUGAUACAUUUCGACGUGGUUUUUCAUCUAGUGGUGGUGUUGGUGGUGGCGGAAGUCUUGGUUUGAAUAUUGUUGGCGGUGAUGGUUCUGAAGCAACUUUCAUUUCUCAUAUACAACCUGAUAAGCCGGCUGGUCAAUCUAAAAGGAUAUUUGUUGGGGAUCGAUUGUUAACUGUAAAUGGCGUCGACGUAACUAGAUUUGGACAUGAGAAAGCGGCUGCAGCUCUACGUGAUGCUCGUGAUCGUGUUGAUCUUCUUCUAGUUUACCGACCUGAAGAAUAUGCCGAAUUUGAGAAACAUUUCUGUCGUCAACUCAAAGCAGUUGGUCAUAAAUUAUCCUAUAAGUGUUUACAUUCCCUAAGAGCUGAAAAUAAUAAUGAUAAUGGCAUCGAGAAAGAUGUUGUUAGAGCUGAUGAAUCCCCUAGGAAAUCCAAUGAUGCAGGAGGUAAAGACAAGACGAAACGAAAAACCACUGAUGAACCAGCUGAUAAAACAAGACAAGGUCAGCAGCUACAACAACAACAACAGAAGCGUCAAGUGAAAAAGAAAUCGAAAACCUCUAAAAAACAAAUGGGAGAGGAAGAGGUGUUGACUAAAGGUCAAAGAGAUGACAUGAUCACCUAUCCAAAUGUAUUAUUGUUACGAUGUCAAGUGGACUAUGAUCCUGCCAAAGAGAAUCAUCAUCAAACUAUACCGAAAAAAGUAUUUAGUCUGAGGUCAGGGGAUUUAGUCUAUGUUAUAAAUACAGUGGACUCUGAAUGGUGGCAGGCGCAAAAAUUUGAUCCAGCUACGAAUGAACCAGUUGGUCCAAUUGGUUUAAUUCCUAGUCGUUUACGAUUGGAACGUAAAGAGCGUACACGCACGCUUCAUGUGAAUUUUAUGGCUAGAAAUAGUCGAUCUGUUGACUCACCAUCUGUUAAAUCCAAUGAUGCUUAUGAAAGACGAAAAAUCAAAUCAAUAAAACCAUCAACAUCCAGUUAUUCAUUGAUAGAAGGUGUUAGCCAUUUAAAGAAUGCUAAAAUCUUCAAAGAAAGAACAGAAGAUCAUGAUGCUUCUCAUAGUUCAAAGGGUAAAAGUUGUCGUGAUUCUUCAAGGCGUCGUUAUCAUCGUCGUCGUAGCAGUGAUCAACGACAUCGACCUCUAUCCUAUAUAGCAGUUACACCAGUUCACCUCAGUUUUGCUCGACCUGUUGUUAUCUUGGGCUAUAUGAAAGAUAGAAUUGCUGAUGAGUUAUUGUGUGAAUUUCCUGAUCUUUUUGGGACAGCUGUUCCAUAUACAACUCGACAACGUCGACCAAAUGAAGUUGAAGGUCGUGAUUAUCAUUUCGUUAUUAGCAAAGAGAUAAUGGUCGCCGAUAUAGCGGCUCAAAAGUAUCUAGAAGCUGGUGAAUACAAUGGUAAUCUGUAUGGUACUCAUUUGGACUCAGUGUUUGAAGUGUCUGAAUUAGGCUUACAUUGUUUACUGGAUGUUGGUGGGCCAGCGCUGAAACGUUUAGAGUCAGCUGGACUACCGCCAAUCGCUAUUCUUGUACUUCCUGAAACAUUAUCAUCAACAGAUAAGAAUGAUGUUCAUGAGGAUGUCGGUGAUAAUGGUGGUAAUGAUCAAAAUAAUAAUAAUAAUAAUAAUAAUAAUAAUAAUGAACAGUCACCAAAUGCCAAUGAACAAGGCAAAAGCAACAAGUCAAAGUUACAGAAACGUACCUCAGUAGAAUCUGAAGCCUUAAAAAAUUUACAAGUUAAACUUGGACGCCUCUUACAACAUUUUACUUCUUUUCUAACUGCUAUUGUAACAACAGAUGAUUACAAUGUCGCUUACAGUCGUGUAAAAGAACUUAUCUUUAAUAAUGCUGGACCUAUUGUUUGGCUGAAUUCACCUCAAUCAAUUCCAUGA